AUGGCCGCUUUGGCUGAGCAGCCCUACAACAACCUAUUCGCGCAACAGCAACGUACGGACGAUUACACCAAUUAUCCUGAACCCCCGCAGAACGCCUUUGGAUCUGCUUCUCCAAUGACCAUUGGUGUCACGUACCCUCCUAGCACAACGUCGAUGGCUUUUGAGCCCUUGCUUUACGCCGAGACCCCGAACUACAUUCUCAACGGCCACGCGUCUCCUGGUGUGUACCCAGAGGACGGUGACAUGAGACUGUCGUCCUCCGGUCUUUCAUCUGGUUCCCUACCCUCAGCGCCAUCUUCAGCAGUCGGUUCACCGCAGUCGAGCAAUGGACACUUGGGUGUGACUGACUGGACCAGUCACACAAUGAAUAUGCAACCCAGCGUUGUCGGGAAUGACUAUAUGGCCGCUCCCGAGUACUUUCAUGGAUCUGGAGUGGAGGAUUUCAGCAGUUUCGACUUUGGCGGACAGCCAAAAUCUUUUGUUGCGGGCAUGUGGCGGCCACAGCAAUUGACCAUGUCAUCCGCGGCCACACUCACUGACGCUGUUCCCGUUGUCGCAGAUCCUUCCCUCAUACACCCAGAAAUUGCCCGCCCCCCGAUGCCAAUCUCGCCUUACGAUGGCCACUUUCAACACGCUCAGGCACACCAAUUUGUGCCCUCGCCCUCACUAUCUUCAUCACCACAGCCCAACAUGGUUCGAACCGACAGCACCUCACCAUUCCUCCACAACGGCCCCUUUGGUCCCAACUACACUCACAGCCCAUACGGUGCACCCAUCGAUGCCAAUGGCCGCCGUGUGAGCAUGGCCAACUUCAUUUCCCCGGUUGGCUCUGCCGACUUUAGCAGCGAUGAAACCAAGGAGAAGCAAAGAUGCACCUAUCCCGAUUGUGGCAAGAUAUUCAAGGACCUAAAGGCGCACAUGCUCACUCACCAGAAUGAGCGACCCGAGAAGUGUCCCAUCCAGACCUGCGAAUACCACAUCAAGGGUUUUGCCCGCAAAUACGACAAGAACCGCCACACACUGACCCACUACAAGGGCACCAUGGUUUGCGGCUUCUGCCCUGGCUCUGGGUCUCCUGCUGAAAAGUCGUUCAACCGAGCAGAUGUCUUCAAGAGACACCUGACCGCAGUUCAUGGUGUUGAACAAACUCCCCCGAACAGCCGCAAGAAGACGCCAGCCGGCGUCGCCACUGGAAAGAAGCUCACUGGCUACGCUCCCGAUGCCACUGGAAAGUGUAGUACGUGUUCGCAGACAUUUUCCAAUGCCCAGGACUUCUACGAGCAUCUGGACGACUGUGUCCUUCGAAUUGUGCAACAGGAGGAUCCCGCAGAGGCCAUCAAUGCACAGCGGCUGGCUGAGGUCGAGAACGACAAGAUGGUCCAUCAUACCCUGGAAAAGAACAACCUCCCAACUACAACACCGACUAUGCAGACCUCCCUGCAUGAGGACGAUGAGGAUGAUUUGGACAUGGGCGAGGACGAGGAUGCCGAUGAUGUUUCUUCCAAAGCCAACUCAUCGCCCUCAAUCAAGAAAAAAGGCAACCCUGUCAACGGUGUGCAAAAGUCCCGCGGUUUGACACACUCUCGAGGAGGUGUUCCAACGGCUACCAAGACUCGUGGCCGCAAGAACCGCCGCGACUACCCAUCAUCCUGGGGCUUUGACAAGGGCCAAAUGACGAUGCGAAAGCGUAUUAUGGCUGUCUUCGAUGGGUCCCGCAGAUUGGCCAAGGACGACAUGAUGCUUUCGACCGACCAUGAGGUUCGCAUCAAACUAUCGGAUGGCAAAUCAUACGUUACGGACCUUGAUGUCCAAACGCUCAAGCGGGCUGAGGGCUUCCUUGGCGCCACAGACGAUGAGAAGGGACCUUGGAUUUCUGAUGACCCCACGGAGGAACAGCUGAAGGAAAUGCAGGAAAUGUUGAAGACGAGUAGUGCCCCCACUUAA